AACUGACAGGUAGAGAGCUGCCGUCUCCCGGCGAGUCGAUGGCAAUGCAGCGAACAGAUUCAAUAAAUAUUGCGGUAAGAGCUUCCCACUGGUGGUGAUUAGCUCCGCGAUGUAAGCACAAGUUGAGGACCGGCUUCGAGUUCAGCUGUGGACGUCAACCAAGAGGGGGGAAACGGGGAACUCUCGUGUCACUUGGCCGGAGCAAGCGCUCCCACCACCCGGCUUCCGGAGAUUCAGGGGCCGCAUCGCUUGACGGCAGACGUCGGUCUGUAGCUCGGGGGAAAAGGGCGACGACCACAUCUCCGCCGACGUCCACCUCAAGGUUCAAGCCACUACCGAAAUGUCACGAAAGCUACAAAGGACUGAAGUCUGCGCCGACUGCAGUGCGCCAGACCCAGGGUGGACGAGCAUCAACAGGGGGGUCCUGAUCUGUGAUGAAUGCUGUUCAGUCCAUCGCAGUUUAGGUCGCCAUAUCUCAAUAGUCAAGCACCUGAGACACAGUGGAUGGCCUCCCGCACUGCUGCAGAUGGUUCAAACCUUGGCGGGGAGCGGGGCCAACUCCAUAUGGGAACACAGUCUCUUGGAUCCUGCUCAGGUGCAAAGUGGUCGCCGAAAACCCAACCCCCAAGACAAAGUCCAUCCAACAAAGUCAGAGUUCAUCAGAGCCAAAUAUCAGAUGCUUGCCUUUGUGCACAAGCUGCCCUGCCGCGAUGAUGAUGGCGUCACGACUAAAGACCUCAGCAAGCAACUUCACUCAAGUGUGCGGACAGGGAGUUUAGAGACGUGUCUUCGGCUGCUGUCUCUCGGAGCUCAGGCCAACUUCUUUCAUCCGGAAAAAGGCACAACCCCUUUACAUGUAGCAGCCAAAGCUGGUCAGAUCUUGCAAGCUGAACUAUUAGUAGUAUAUGGUGCAGACCCAGGAGCGCCGGACAUCAAUGGGCGCACGCCCAUGGAUUAUGCAAGGCAGGCGGGCCAUCUGGAGCUUGCUGAGCGACUAGUUGAGUGCCAGUACGAGCUAACAGACCGGCUAGCUUUCUACCUGUGUGGCCGGCGUCCUGACCACAAGAAUGGCCACUAUAUCAUUCCUCAAAUGGCAGACAGAGCUCGUCCUAAGUGCCCGUCACAGAGUCUGGACCUCUCAGAGCUGGCCAAGGCUGCCAAGAAGAAGCUGCAAGCGCUAAAUAACCGACUGUUUGAGGAGCUUGCGAUGGAUGUCUAUGACGAAGUUGACCGCAGAGAAAAUGACGCAGUGUGGCUGACGACUCAGAACCACAGCACUCUGGUCACUGAACGAAGCGCUGUGCCAUUUUUACCCGUCAACCCCGAGUAUUCUGCAACUCGUAACCAGGGACGUCAGAAGCUCGCUCGUUUUAAUGCCCGGGAGUUUGCCACCCUCAUUAUAGACAUUCUGAGUGAUGCCAAAAGGAGACAGCAGGGAAAAGGUCUCAGCAGCCCCACUGACCUACUGGAUAUUGGCUUUGAUGACGACCAGCAUGACUACGACAGUGUAGCCUCUGAUGAAGACACUGACAGUGAGCUGACGGCCCAAAACAACAACAACACGCAGCGGAGUAACCGCGCAAAGAGCAUGGACUCGUCUGAUCUGUCGGAUGGUCCCAUCACCCUGCAGGAGUACCUGGAGGUGAAGAAAGCGCUGGCCUCUUCUGAAGCAAAGGUGCAGCAGCUGAUGAAAGUCAACAACAACCUGAGUGAGGAGCUCAGACGGCUGCAGAAGGAGAUCACACGGAUGCAGACAGAGAACGGCGUGCUGCGGGGGAGCCAGCAGGCUGGGGGGGCCGCCGGCCAUGGGGUCGGGGGACCUGGUGGAGGAGGAGGAGGCGGCGGCAGCACCCACUGGCAAGGUGGCGGUACGCGAGGAGUAAUGGGUGGAGUGGGACUUAGUGGAUUUGGGUCAGGAGCAGAUCCCCCUGGGCUCUCAGUGCCCUCCUCAGUCACCCCCCACUCCCACACGCAUCGGAGGGACCGCCAAGCCUUCUCCAUGUACGAACCAGGCGCUGCCCCUGGCCCCACUGCCCACGGCCCCCCAGCCCUGGACUCCCUAACAGCUCGGCUGCAGCCCCUCAACACACCCAGCGUGCGGAAAGGUAGCACUGGUGGUUUAGCAUCGUAUGGUGGCCAUCAUAUGUCCUCGUCUACAGAAUCAAGCCGAUACAUGGUGACGAAAUCAGAGAGGCACGGCAGUGGAACUGACAGCGACUACGACAACACGCACACUUACGACGUCUCAUUAAGCAUGGGCCGCAGCAGUGAGGAGGAAGGUCGUGGGGAGUCGGAAGAGGGAGGUGGGGGAGGUGACGUCGGCGAGCCCGAUCCUACCCUGCCCUGCACAGAGGACGUCAUUCUGAAGACGGAACAGGUGACCAAGAACAUCCAAGAGUUGCUGCGGGCGGCGCAGGAGUUCAAACAUGACAGCUUCGUGCCAUGCUCUGAGAAAAUCCACUCCGCAGUCACUGAGAUGGCCUCUCUCUUCCCUAAACGCCCUGCUCUGGACGCGGUCCACGGCUCCUUGCGCCUGUUGGCUUCCAGCGCUUCUCGGUUACAAGUGGAGUGUCGCAAAGCGGCGCCCUCAGAGCCCGGCGCCCCGGCUGUGGACUACCAACUACUCACCCAGCAGGUCAUUCAAUGCGCCUAUGACAUUGCCAAAGCUGCCAAGCAACUGGUUACCAUAACCACUCGAGAAAAGAAACAGUGACCCGGCAAACUUGCAUGGUUGGAUCGCAAGGAAAGACGAGGGCGGGGUGGGAGGUGAACGUGUGGGUGAAGAACAGAUGAGAGGGGUCUUCUGGAGCAGGGUGGAGGAAAGAUUUUCUCCUACAACUCAACAAUUAAACUGGAGUGAGUGCGGCAAAUCUGAAGAGAGAUGACAGACGCGGCAGCACCUGUGAUGUUUCUAGCCGGGCUGUCACUCACCAUCUCUGUUUUUUUGGGGGGGAGCAAGGAGAGCAGAAGCUUGAAGAGAGAGCUGAAGACAAAGGGAAGCAAGCCAGCGCCAACUUAGACCCUAUCGUUUUCCUGUCUCCUUUCCACCUCCUCCUCCUUCUGUAAGACCGAAUCUGUCUGUCCCUGCCUUGAGCGACCGACUCCCAUCUAGCUCCGCCUGACUCGGACCCUCGCACUUCAGGAUUGUUCCGACAGGGGUCUCUGACUAUUUAGCAACCUCCCUCUGUUAGUGGGACACAGCAUGAUCCAGCAUGUUUUCAUUUCUCCUUUUUUUUUUUUUUUUCUUUCUUUGAUGGAGGUUUGAUCUGCACCUCUGAUGAAAUACUGACUAACAAAACACUUACACUGGAAUCCUUGUGAUUUGUCGUUCUCAUGCCUUUUUUAAGUAUUGAUGUUUUUACUGACUCAUCUUGAUUUAACUGUUCAUGUAUGUUUAUUAUUGUUUUCCGUCUUAAUGAGUUUCAUUUAACGGACUUGGGAGAGCGGCGAAUGCGUCGGACCUCAUCCUGGGAUUUCUGGAUACCUGUGAAACUAUCCUGAGGAUUGGUCCAAGCACUCUGAAGAUUUUAAAUGUCCUACUCUGCCUCGGAUCCUCAGCUAGUCUGUUUCUAUGUGCGAUUUUUGAAACCAGUGGGAUCAUCUCAUCAUCCUUGACUGCAGGAAAACAGUGAACUGGAAGUCGUCGUGGAUGUUAGGUGGAUAGAAACUGUGCUAACUCGGCCUGGAAUAUCAACUGACAGAUGUGCCACUUCUGUGCUUGAUUUCGUUUGCCUUGGUUUUUUUUGUUUUGUUCCCCACUUAAAAAAAAAAGUCUGGCAAGCACAAUCAAGCCCACAUUGUGAUUUUUUUUUUUUUUUUUUUAAGUUCAUUUAUUGACAAGCUAUUCAUGCGGUUGCCACCUGUCACUCUUUAGAACGUUGGGAUCAAAACUGUGUUUUCGUUAUUUAAAAAAAAUAAUAUAUUGCACUUAGCCUAUAGAUCCGAACAAGUCUGAGUUGAACAGUCGCAUAUUUCUGCCUUUGGCAUCAAGGAGACCUUUCUUUUUGAUGCCCUUUCCCCCUGUCGAGCACUUUUCUCUCCGGUUUCAUCGCGCUAAAACGCUUUCCAGCCCUCCUGCUCAACAGCUGUGCUCUCUGUCCGUGUCAAUGAUCCCUUUUUUUUUCUGUCUCUGGAGGCAAUCGUUUAGUCUGUUCCUGUCAAAGCAACUCGUCUCCUGAGGACUCUUGAAAUGUAUCGUUUGAUAUCAAAUGCCUUUGCACAUCAUCUCUCGUUUGACUGGCUACACUAACAUACUGUGCUGAGUUGGCAGACAUACCUGAGCGUAAAGGGCGGGGGGGGAUUCUUCCCUGCUUCAUGCUAUAUUUUUAUUAAGCUACACAUGUCAGUGGGAUAUUUUAAUAAGCCAAAGUGACUCUUGGGAUUUGGUGUCAUGUUACCGCAUCACCCUUAAAACUCCUGACACCUCAUACGGAGUGAGUCGCCAGUGAUAUUGUGAUAUUGCACUAUUUUUUACCAUCAUCUGGGUGAACUCAAGUACAAGCAGUGCAGGACUUAAGGGGCUUAAUGUGAGACAAAGCCUAAGUUGCACUUUGGUUAAACACUACAGUCAUCUCAUAACAGAGGGGGAGAGGUUGGAAAAAAAACAAAAACAAACGCACAUAGCCUCCCCCGGGGUCAGCAGACACUGUUCUAUGGUGCCUCGCGUGAAUGUUCAAAGCUUCAGUCUGUUUACGCCCGAUAACUUUUAAGUCAAACUUUCCAGUGUCAGACACCCUCUUAAGUUGGACCAAUGACUCUCUCCCCUGUUGCCUCAUUGUUCUUUACUUUGGGAGAUGAGUGCCGUGAGACAUGUUUUGACAGAAUGAAAAGAAUUGUACAAAGUAGAGACUUAAAAGGGUCAACUGUUAUGAACUCAUAAGCUGUACAUUUGUAAUAAAAUAAAAAGUUAAUUGUC